AUGAAAGUGGGCCAACUAGCCGGGUUUUUUGUUGUUGUCAAAGCUUUACAGUUUUUGAUAGUAUUCUCAACACCUGUAAUACAGUUUGAUACUUCAACGCGAUUGUUUCUAGAACAAUUGGCGAAAAAGGAUGACAUUGCAUCUUGGUGGAAUGCGCGUUUCUGGAAUAAAAUAGUAUCGUGGGACGCUGUAUUCUUUCUCAAAACUGCUAUCAGGGGUGGAGUAUCAGAGUUUGAGCACGAACAUGCGUUCUCUCAAUUGUGGUCUCGCUUCAUAAUGGUUGCUUGUCGCGGUAACCUAGACUUCUACCAUGUUCUAAAGACAGCCGUCGUUCUUGAAAACUGUCUUCUUCUAUGUGCCACGUUACUCCUCUAUUUGUUGACCGUCAAAAGUUUUGAAGCAAACGCUCUUAAGUCGCAUCAUCGUCAUCAUUUGGCUCAGAAGACCGCCAUACUCUUCAUCAGCAGCAGUGCAUCUGGUUAUUUCUUGAGUGUUUAUUCUGAGCCUCUCUCUGCAUUUCUGGCGUUUCUUGGGAUGUUAUUUCGUGAGUAUGCUAUAUUCUAUGAUGCUUACGGAAAUUUGAGCGUAUCAUGGAUCAAGUGGCCUCUAUAUUCUCUGGCGUCUACUUUUUGUUUCACGUUGGCCUUUAUCAAUAGGCCUAAUUGCAUUUUGCUGGGGUUGUAUUACGUGAACGAUCUGGUUAAACUGCUGAAGACCAAGAGCUUUGGCAAAGCAUUUUUUAUGCCAUUCAUUAGUGGCUUCUGCAUGUUUUGUUUUUUCGUUCACCAUCAAUAUUACGAGCCUUACCAGACCUUCUGCCCUGAAAGGGGCGCAUGGUGUCUCAAACAAAUUUUGAACUUACCACUCAGUCACCAGUCUUUUUACGCCUUCAUCCAAAGCCAUUAUUGGAAUGUGGGUUUUCUUCGCUAUUGGUCACCAAAUAAUAUUCCAAACUUUAUUUUUGCUUUGCCAACAAUCAUAGUUCUGUGGUACUCUACUGUUUACUUCUCGCAUCAAUAUCCCUGCUCAAAUUUGAAACCUUUGGUUCUACUGACUAGAAUCUUUUUGAUCAUCUUAAUAUUCUUUGCACACACUCAAGUCAUCAACCGAGUCUCAUCAUUCAUUCCCCUUCAUUUGUGGUAUGUAGCGGAUCGUUUGAACAAAUUGAAUGUUGCUAAAGAUGCUGAUUUAAAAGGUGACGACAAAUUGAUAAGAUUCUACGUUGUUUGGCUCAUCUUUUGGGCGCCCCUCCAAACUGCGCUAUUCGCAUCUUUCCUUCCUCCUGCUUGA